CGUUCAGAGAUAGAUAUUCGUUUAGGUAUUGAUUACCUACUUCCAUCACGUUGAAUUGAUUCAUGAUUUAUUUUUCAUGAACCAAGCAAUGACGAGCUUAUAUUUUAAUCUUUGUAUAAUAUUAACCUGCAUCCCAGGUUUCAUUUGCCCUCGUCCAACUAAAUCUCGAAUCAUAAAAGCACCCAAAUCAUUCAACCUGAGUCAAGUCCUCUACGAAGAAUAUGUCCAUCCGGAUAUUAUUCCUUACAUACCACCGAACGUUUGUAAUUUACAUUAUGACAUAGAAGAACCGGUUGGUAAUAAUACCAAAAUUCCAUUCGAAUUGAUUAAACUAAACCCACCCAAAGUAACGUGGCCAUUUAAACACGGAGCCAAGCAUACUUUAGCCAUGAUAGAUUUAGAUAAUCACAGUUUCGAAGUAUACGACGUCAAAGAAGUUUUCAUCUGGCUGGUGACAGAUAUUCCAAGAAAUGAUAUAGAUGAAGGUCGAGUGGUGUAUUCGUAUUUUGGAGAUGAUCACGAACCUAGGAGAGGAAUUCAUCGCGUCCUUGUGUUGGUUUAUGAGCAGAAUCAUGUCCCAUUGAUACCACAUCUUGAUAAGGUUCUAUUGCAACUACGCUGGCUGUACAGAAUACACGAGUUUGCCCUGAAAUACAACCUAACGACGCCGCCUGUGGCUGGUAACUUUUUUAAAAUGGAAGUCAGAAGACCACGUUCUUACACAAAAUCUAUGGAAUUCGCUCGUUACGACGGAGAUGGGUUCUCAGGCAGAGAAGACGAAUACGCUGAAGGUUUUACUCGCUCGACUAUCGAUCUGUACUUAGGAGUUGAUCCCAAAAUCAUAAAAGAAGGCCUCAGACCAGUUUUAAAGAAGAUAAGAGCGUUUAUUACGAAAGUGGAUCGUCUCACCAGGUUUCCAACGAGUCCAAAUCCUGAUAAUCCUUAUGAUGAAAGUAAAAUUGACUGGUCUUUGAAGGAUUCAGAUGAUGUGAAUAAAUAAGUGUUUUUUGGGUAUUUUGUCGAGUCAACGCAAUCAGCACAAAAAUUUAAAGAAAAAAUCGUCAAUGGGGACGAGCGACGUUGAAAAUUUUUAUUUCCAGAAUGUAAAGUGGCCAAAAUAAAGUAUUGUUGUAACUCUUC